GGUCAGGAGAGACCAAGUAUAUGGUCAGAAGCUGUUUUGAUGUCAGGACACCUUGUUCUUGGGGAUAGAAAUGAAUUCCUCAGUAUCAAGAAUGGUGGCUCCUAAAGGUCUCUUUCAAAGGAUAGAGCUUUGACUACUGGAUGAGAAAGGAAGGAAUCAGGAUGGACAUGUCAGUGAUGUGUUUGAUGCACAACUUUAUUCGGUUUGGCUUCAUGUUCCUUAGCCUCUUCUUUGGCCUGCUUCUCCAAAGUACCACAGGAAGGGACUUAAAGUUCGUGGUUGCAGUUUUCCGACAUGGUGACCGAACCCCAAUUGGAACUUUUCCCACUAAUACAGUCAAGAAAGAAACCUGGCCAGAGGGAUAUGGACAGCUCACCAAGAUUGGAAUGAAGCAACACUAUGAUCUUGGGAAAUACAUAAGGAAGAGGUAUCCAAAGUUACUCAGUGCAGAAUACAACCAAAAGGAGAUUUAUGUGCAAAGUACAGAUUAUGAACGAACCAUUAUGAGUGCUCAAGCCAAUCUGGCUGGUCUCUUUCGUCCUAUAGGCUGUCGGGCCUUGAAUAAUAAGGUCCGUUGGCAACCUAUACCAAUUCAUACAGUGCCUCGUGCACAGGAAAAGCUGUUAUCAUAUCCUACCCGCACCUGUAAACGUUUUUAUGUACUCCUAAAAGAAACCAUGGCAGCAAAACAAACCCUGGGUCAAGUGCAGUCACACAUGAAAUUUAUAGCUGAAAUGGCCAGUUUUAUGGGAUAUGAUGUAAAGGCUCUUCUCGAUUUUACCAAUCAAAAAUUCUGGAAUGCCUACGAUGCUUUACUAGUUCAGAAAAUUCACAAACAACCUAUGCCAAACUGGGCUAGUUGCCAAGCCAUGAGAAAGAUGAAAAAACUGCUGGGAUUUGCUGUAAGUGCCAUGUUUGGGGUACACAAAAGGGAAGAGAAAUCGCGGCUACAGGGAGGUGUACUUGUGAAAGCUAUUCUGGAUGACAUCGGAAAAGCUGCUGAUGGUGCUUCUGAACUAAAAAUGAAAAUGUAUUCAGGACAUGAUAUGACACUAGUUGCCCUCCAGGUAGCCCUCAAUGUUUUUGAUGCAAAACUACCUCCCUACGCUGCUUGCCACUUCUUUGAACUAUAUAAAGAAGAUAGCGGUGAACAUACCAUUGAGAUGUAUUAUCGGACGAAACCCAAGGCUGAACCUCAUCCACUCACUUUACCAGGAUGUUCAAAGUCAUGUCCACUGGCGAAAUUUAAAGAGCUGGUUUCUCCCAUCAUAGCAGAUAACGUGGAAGAAGAAUGUAACAAAGUCUAGAACAAAAUCAAAAAUGACAAAUAAGAACAAAGAAGGAUGUCAAAGGAAGGGCAAAGCAGCAAAUCAACAUCUCAAGUGGAAGACAACAGGAUCGCAAACAAGUCAUAAACCACCAGGAAACUUACAUGAUGCUUUCUUUUGGUCUGACCCAAUCAGCAUGAUUGUCCUUUUCCCCAGGAUUAUUUCUAAUCAAAUAAACAUGUAUAAAAAUCAAGAGGAAAAGGUACAAUAAAUUAGCCUGAAAAACUAUCAGCUGCCACAUAAUUUUCAGGAUUAUGUGUGCCUGU